UUAUUAUUCCAUCAAGUUAUUUUUUCUCGCUCUCUCUCUCUCUCUCUGUCUCUCUCUAAUAAAUAGGUUACAAACAAAAAGUUGAUGCGAAAAGUACAGAUGAUGAUGUAUUUGCUGAUCUUCUUCGCACUGAACCAUCUGGCUGCCGCAACUGCUAAGUGCAGUUUUCCUGUAGAAAAAUACCCGAGUGGAUCCAACACCAACACCUACGAAGCCAUGAAAUUCCUCACAGAUACGGAGCGGAGAUCAUCGGACAUCCUGCAUAGAUUAAUGCAAAUAUUCUGGGAUUACGAAAGUGAUCUUUCUGAACUCAACAGAGCGAGAAUGAUGAAUACGAUGCAAGAAUUUUCUGAGCUUCACAUGGAAAUAUGGAAGAAUGCUACAUCAUUUGUAUGGAGAGAUUUUAAAGAUGAAAAUGAAUUAGUUUACAAAUGGUUCAAGGCACAUUCUGUUAUCGGGACAAACGCUUUACCGAAAGAAGAGCGUAAUGAGGAAGCUGAAAUUUCUGCUGAUAUGGGAGAUAUUUACGCAAAAGCCAAACUUUGCCGUUUCAAUAAGUCGAGUAGCGAGACUUGCGAUUUGUCUUUAGAACCUGAACUGGUUGAGGUAUUCAUGUCCUCUCGAAAUGAAGCUGAACUGAAAUACUACUGGACUCAAUGGCGAGAAGAGACUGGAAAGAAGAUGAAGGAUAAGUUUGUCCGCUUGAGCGAAAUAAACAAUAAAGUUGCUUGUCUGAAUGGUUUUGAAGACACUGGAGAGUUUUCGCGGGAAGCGUAUGACAGCGAAACAUUUGUUGAAGAAAUAGAGGAAUUAUGGCAAACUCUCAAACCCUUGUAUGAACAACUGCACGCUUAUGUAAGGCGCAAGCUUAUUCAGUACUACCCACAUAUUGAUAUAAAAGAAGAUGGGCCCAUUCCUGCUCAUAUACUUGGAAAUGUGUGGUCUGAAUCUUGGAAUAACAUAUUUGAUAUUGUUCAGCCAUAUAACAAUAAAAAGUAUGUGAAUCUAAAGCAAAUAGAGCUGAAAAAGAAAAUGAUACCGUUAGACAUGUUUAAAAUCGCAGAAGACUUCUUCAUAUCUUUGGGCCUACCAGAGAUGACACCUGAGUUCUGGCAUUAUUCGAUCAUUGAAAAACAGAAAGACAAAGAAAUGGUUUGCCAUGCUUCAGCCUGGGAUUUCUACAACGGAAAAGAUUACAGAAUCAAAAUGUGUACACGCGUAAAUAUGGAAGAUCUUAUUGUAGUUCACCACGAAAUGGGUCACAUAAUAUAUGAUAUGCUCUACUCGCAUCAGCUUCUACUUUUUCAGUCAGGAGCAAAUCCAGGGUUUCAUGAGGCGAUUGGUGAUACGAUAGCUUUAUCAGUGGCUACGCCCAAACAUCUAGCAGCCAUAGGACUUACAGAAGAGAUAGAAGAAGAUUACGAAAAUGACAUCAACGCAUUGAUGGAUAUGGCCUUGGAUAAGGUAGCAUUUUUACCUUCUGGUUAUCUGAUUGACGCUUGGAGAUGGAAAGUCUACGAUGGAAGCAUCAGUAGCAAAGAGCUUAAUUCACAGUGGUGGAAUUUCAGGCUAAAACUCCAAGGACUUUGCCCACCUGUGAAAAGAACUGAGGAUGAUUUUGAUCCUGCAUCAAAAUAUCACGUUGCCGCUAGUGUGCCUUAUAUUAGAUAUUUUGUAAGUUACAUCAUCCAGUUCCAGUUUCACAAAGAACUAUGUGACGCAGCAGGAUACAUAGGACCUCUACACAAAUGUGACAUAUACCAGAGUAAAAAAAGCUGGAAAGUUAUUGAGCGAUAUGCUCAGCCUUGGAUCUUCCGUCCACUGGAAAGAGGCCAUGAGAGUCAUUACAUGAGGCAAGACUUCAAAAAUGGACGCCGGCCCGAUCUUGGAGUAUUUUGCCCCACUCAUGGAAUGGCUGAAAGAACAAAACAAAGACGAAUUUAUUGGAUGGAGAAUCAAGUGAGCCCUCAGAUACACAUUCUGCGAGAAAUUAGAAACAGACUCUGUUACCAAUCUUCAGUUCAGGGUUCAUAUUUUUUAUUUUCAAUUUUGAGACGAUUUUAUUUCACCUCAUCACCAAAGUAUAUUAAAAGAUUCUUGAUCUGCAAGAUGAUGUGGUGUAUACUGACUGUGAGUCUGCUGAGUCUUUUCAUGACUGCAACGGCAGAUUGCAGUAAUGUGAAAGAAAAGUACGUGAGCGGAAGCAACACAAAUGUGUACGAAGCUUUGCGGUUCCUCAAAAACAAUGAUCGUUUAGUGUCGCAAACUGUAAAUAAAGCCGCCAUCGCUAGUUGGAAUUACCAAAGCAAUCUUACAGAACCAAAUAAAGAAGUCAUGUUGAAAACGCAGCAAGAAGUAGCUAAACUGGCCAAAGAAACUUGGAAAAACGCAACAUCUUUUGCGUGGAAGGAGUUUAAAGACAAAAACGCAACGGCUUACAGGUGGUUCAAGAGCCUUUCCGUCCUCGGAACUGCAGCUUUGCCUGAUGAUAAAUUUGCGGAGCUUAGUGAAUUAACUGCUGAUAUGCAAGAUAUUUACGCGAAAGCGAAAGUAUGCCGAUUAAAUUCAACUGACAGUAAACAUUGCGAUUUAUCUCUAGAACCAGAGCUGACUGAAAUCCUCAUCAACUCCAGAAACGAAGCAGAGCUGAAGCACGUUUGGACCAAGUGGAGAGAUGUUUCCGGCAAAGUGGUGAAGGACAAAUUUCUGAGAUAUGUCGACUUAUCCAAUGAAGCAGCUUGCUUGAAUGGUUUUAAGGAUAACGGGGAGAUGUGGAGGGAAGCAUAUGAAAGUGACUCGUUCGUAGAAGAGAUAGAAGAACUGUGGAACGUUAUCAGGCCCUUCUACGAGCAACUCCACGCUUAUGUCAGACGCAAGCUAAUCCAACGCUAUCCACAUAGUGGCAUUAAACCAGAUGGUCCAAUUCCCGCACAUCUGCUCGGAAACAUGUGGGCUCAAACAUGGGGCAACAUAUUUGAUAUCGUUAAACCGUAUCCCAAGAAAAAGUUCGUUGAUGUAACAGAUGCAAUGGUAGCUAAGAUAAUGACCCCCAUGGACAUGUUUAAAAUGUCUGAAGAAUUUUUCACCUCCAUUGGUAUGAAGAAAAUGACACCAGAAUUCUGGCAACGCUCCAUCAUCGAAAAGCCGAAAAACAGAGAAAUGGUUUGCCAUGCUUCUGCUUGGGACUUCGCAGAUGGAAAAGAUUUUAGGAUCAAAAUGUGUACUCGGGUAAAUAUGGAAGAUUUCAUUACGGUUCACCAUGAAAUGGGCCACAUCGUAUAUUUCAUGUAUUACGCUGGUCAACCUUUAGUUUUCAGAGAAGGAGCAAAUCCAGGUUUCCAUGAAGCAAUAGGAGACACUAUAGCUUUGUCAGUAGCAACUCCAAAACAUCUGAAAGAAGUAGAUCUUCUUGAAGAAUUAUCGGAAGAUGAGGAAAGCGACAUUAACACUCUGAUGGACACAGCUUUGGACAAGAUUGCUUUCUUGCCUUUUGGCUAUCUCAUAGACGCCUGGAGAUGGAAAGUGUUUGACGGCAGUAUUAAGAGAGACGAACUCAACUCUGAAUGGUGGAAACUUAGAUUGAAAUACCAAGGACUUUGCCCACCAGUCAAGAGAACCAACGAUGAUUUGGAUGCAGCAGCUAAAUACCAUGUAAUCGCCGAUGUUCCAUAUAUAAGAUAUUUCGUCAGUCAUGUUAUCCAGUUCCAGUUCCAUAAAGCAUUAUGCGAUGCAGCGGGAUACAAAGGACCUCUGCAUAAAUGUGAUAUAUACAAGAACAAGAGGGCAGGACAGUUGUUGGGUGAUAUGUUGAGCCUUGGUAAAUCCGUCCAUUGGAACGAAGCAAUGAAAGUUAUAACGCAGGGCGCAACGCACAAAAUGAAUGCCAAGCCCUUGGUUGAGUAUUUCGCUCCCCUCUUGAAAUGGUUAAAAAUUCAAAACAAGAAUGAAACUUUGGGGUGGAACAGCAGCGACCCUAUGGUCUGCCCAUAAAGCUUUGAAUAUCCUCUAUAGUCAACAAGUCAUUAAAUAAUCUAUCGAAACUGAAACAACAGCAUUAAAAUGUAUUUGUAGUGAAUACAUAUACAAGGAUUUGACACUGUUGAAUUUUGAACAAUUCUUCAGAUUUUUGCUUUUGAAUUCUAUGAAAAGAAAAAAUAUGUAUUCAUCUGUCGGCAUUUCUUUCUUCAUUUUUUUCCGUGCAUAUUUAUAGAAAAAAAAAGCAAUUAUAUGAAAAAUGUCAUUCACUUCAUGUUUAAAUAAAACAUUUAUUUAUUUACAAAAA